AUGACUCCUGUUCCGAGAGAUAUCAUAGACUUAAUUAAGUUAAGACUGGGUGUAUCGGUAUCUUACUCCACAGCCUUGAGAGGGAAAAAUCUAGCUAUGCGUGAGUUGCGUGGUAAUUCAGAAGACAGCUACAAGAUGUUGCCUAGCUACUUGUACAUGUUAGAGCAGGUUAAUUCCGGAACAACAACAGAGGUGAAGUUGGAUGAGGCAGGUAACUUCAAGUACCUUUUCAUAGCUUUAGGAGCUUGCAUUGAAGGGUUUAAGGCCAUGAGGAAAGUGAUUCUUGUGGAUGCUACAUUUUUGAAGAACGGAUAUGGUGGGGUACUAGUAUUUGCUAAAGCUCAAGAUCCUAAUCGUCACCAUUAUCCCCUCGCGUUUGCGGUGCUUGACGGUGAGAAUAAUGCUAGUUGGACUUGGUUUUUCGAGAUGCUUAAAACUGUUAUACCGGACUCUUCUGAAAUAGUUUUUAUGAGCGAUAGAAAUCAGAGCCUCAUCACUGCUGUAGCUAAUGUGUAUCCACAAUCUCACCAUGGCCAUUGUAUAUGGCAUCUAGCUCAGAACGUGAGAAACCAUGCUUGUAACACCAUCAAAGCCGUAGUGCCAUGGAGAUUUAUGAAGUUGGCUAGGUAUUACACAGUGCCUGAGUUCGAGGCUGCUUAUGCAUCUUAUAAGGUGAGAUAUCCUUCAGCCUGCAAGUAUUUGGAGGAGAACACUAACAGAGCAACAUGGGCUAGGGUCUACUUUCCAGGUUGUAGAUACAACUUGGACACUAGCAACAGUGUGGAGUCGAUGAAUAGCGCGUUUAGGGACGCAAGGAGGUAUGCCUUGAUACCAUUGUUGGAUACAAUCAUCAAAAAAAUAUCUGACUGGUUUAAUGAACAUCGGAAGGACGCCGUGUCUGGAUCAAUUAAUACCAAACUGGUUCCUCUGGUUGAGAUCCAUUUGCACAACUUAUGGUCCAAAGCUGGGAAAACGCCAGUGCGUGAGCUGAAUAGUUAUGAUCUUGAGUACGAGGUUACCGACACUGACAAUGGGAAGGUUUAUUUGGUGAAUUUGAUAGCGAAGUCGUGUAGCUGCAAGGUAUUUGAUUAUGAAAAGUAUCCUUGUCUUCACGGACUUGCUGCUUACUUAUAUUUCCUUGAGGUUCCUGCUGCUAAUGGUCGUCGACGUGAGGUCAACAUAGAGUAUCAUCAGUUGUGCUCAAAGUAUUACUGGACAGAACUUUGGGCAAUGGCUUAUUACAUGACCAUUUUUUCUAUGCCGGACAAGUCUGAAUGGAUUGUACCAGAUCACAUCAAAGAGCUCCAGAUCGUACCUCCGAAAAAGCUGACAAGGAAAGGAAGGAAAAAGGUUAAUAGGAAUCCAUCAGUUGGAGAACGGCGUAAAAGGACACAAAACGUAAGGCGAGCAAGGACAAAUUUUGGUUUUAAUUGGCUGUUGUUUGGAAUGCGUUCUAAUCCUCCAAGUGAAACAAACUAA